UAUUUUUUGUGGAUAAUAGCGAUCUGUGUAUUUAUUAUAUAAUGCAUAUAAAAUUCUGUGUGUGUAACUUACACAGUAGUAGGCUACUUUCGGAAAUGAGCAUGAAGCUGAAUCUUAUGCAUAAUGUCGCUAAUAUGUUUUCCUUAUUAGUGUGAACUGCACAGUGUAAGUAGCAGUGGUUCCCUCACUAUUCUAAUUAAUUAUGUUCAUGUUUGUUAUUAGCCAGCAUAAAUUGGUGAGCCGUGAGGGAGGUGGCUUCGUUUUUACUGUUGCCACAAGCACGGCUCACAUCUUGUAGUUGUGCGCCUGACGCGUGAUGGAGCGCACAGCCCGACUGUCCACGAGCGACUUCAGAGACAACUACUGAGCGCGCGCGCUUCAGCUGACCCGAGACCCAGUUCUGUUGUUCUUUUGGGCUUUAUUCGGCACUAAAGCAGUACUUUAUAAAAGACAGGGAUGGUGACUGAGUGGAAGGGAGGAAUUCUCUCUUCUGCGUCUUAAGCGGAGAUUCAGCGUUGAAUGAAACCGUCUGCAAAACCUGCCAAAAGCGCAGAUGUGUCGAGAGACUAGUGCCGUUUAACCGACUAUCCACAAACUUCUGUUGCUUUGAUUGACACGUCAUGGCAUCAGUGCCGUGGAGACGCGCGCUUUUCGUCUUUCUAGUUGUGAAUCUGUCUGUGCUAACGACAGCAUGCAGCAGUCACUAUGGAAAUGCCAUUGAGGAGUUCUGCCUGGCCAAGUUCAAGCUGGACAUGGAGGUUCUCGAUCAGCACCAGUGGUGCAGCUGGGAGGACACAGUUGAGUCCUAUGGGGAACUGACCAACUGCACGUUCCUGGUGGCUCUGAAGAUGAACUGUUUCUGGCCCAACCGAAUGGUGGACGAAUUCUUCAUCCGGGUGCACAGGCACUACUUCCAUGAUUGCGCAGUGUCUGGACGUCUGCUUCACGAUCCACCUAAUCGGAUCUUGGGGCCUUUUAUCGUGGUGCCUAUUCUGGUGACACUACUCAUGACUGCUCUAGUGGUGUGGAGGAGUAAACGCAGCGAGGGAAUCGUAUAAUCCUAUACAAUGAAGUACCUCCACACAUAACAAUAGAGAAGGAGAUAUCUAACAGUCUGCAAACACUAAGAAAGAAAGUGGUUGUGUAUCCACUUAUAAUGAACGCUGUCACUGUGUUAUCUCCACUCAGAUAACAUACAGGUCAUUUAUAUGGACAAAAUAUUUAAAAACAAAUACUACGAGGUAGUUUUCAACUAAAUGUUUUGUCAUGCCUGCAUUUUGCCAGUAAAAGAUAUCUCCAAUCUGUAUGCAAGUCAUUAUCACAAUGAUGGAUACGUUUCCCUUUGCAUAGACACACACCAAACUAAUGGGAGGACACUUUUAUUCCCACGUGUUUGACAGACCUUUACUGUCAUUUGAACACUGGACUCACCCAUCAACCUCAAUGCAUUUCACACUCAUAAAUGUGCUUUGUACCAAAUGAUAACACUCAUUCAGUCAUGAUUAAUAUUGUUUUGUUGGUUCAAGAAAGAAAACUAAUAAAAGAAGAGGGCAACGACCACAAACAUGCCAAUAAUAUUUACAAUAUCAGUGAUCCCCAAAAUCACCAUUGGAUAUUGUAAGACACUCAAAAAGCUGUUGGAGAUUCAAAGGCUUUGUCCAAAAUCUAAAGUGAAUGUAUCUCUCAUAGACAAUGUUCACAAUGCAUUGCUACAUCAAAAUUAUCAAAGAUUUUGGGGAGCUGUGAUAAAUUGAUACUUUUCAGUAUUGAAUGAAAUCAAUAAAAAUCUAAAAAUUAAAAUAAAAAAAAGACCCAAUGUGGUG